UGCUGAUCUGUGAUGAGGGGAAACCAUUUGGAUGUAUUUUAAGGUCCCUCAGGGGCCUGCAGGGACUUGUGGGAAAGUGACCUGAUUUCUAAAUUUCUCCUCUACUGCCCAAGCUCUGGGCUUGUCGCUUCUAAAGAACGGAGAAAGCCUUAGGACUGCAAAGGGAGGAUGAGCCGACCCAGCCAGAGCUUCUUGGAAUAUGCAAACACGUUAAUGUGGAUUUUGUUGAUGGAUACGAGAGUAGCUUCAGAUCUUUGCCAGUAGAUUCAGGUGAGCAGCAAUGGCUGACUUGCAGCAGGAAUAUCCCGGAGUCCUCCUGGGGAUCCUGGAGGAGCUGGCCAACAUGCGCCAGUGGCUGACAUUCCAGGACCUUUGUCGCAUGGUUAGCACUCGCUUUGACCUCGACCACCUCAUUGAGCUCAGGGCUUUGCUGUUUGCUGCCGCCAGCAGGGACCCCUGUUUCCCUGCUACUCUGUUCCGAGACCGGGUUUCCACCAGAGGCCAGGGGCUUUCACCCAUAGGGGUCUCUGCAGACAUUGUGACUAUUUUCAAUCUCAUUCAGAUGACAGGUGGAGUCUCUGAUAGCAGCUAUCCAAUGAGAGCCCAACCAAUAAUCCCUGUCGAUCAAUCUCCUGGCCCCAAUCUGCCUGGUUUACACCCUCUGAACAUUCCUGGUCGAGAACAAGCACGCACUCACUCUGACUCCAGUGGGAGGCCUAUUGCCCAGCACUUGCUUUUUCCAAAAUCAAAUUACUCUGCUCGCAAGCGUGGAAGUCUUCCCCCGGAUCCCAUUUCAUUUGUGUCUUCCCCUCCCGUCCGGACGAGGGCUGUGUCUUUUGACUUGCCUCACACUACACACUCAUACUCCAGCAGUCCAAACCUCAAUGAGGUAAUGAAGAAUAUCUACCUGCCUCUGGAGACGGACAGUGAAUCGAGUGGAGAAUCUGCGGCAAUGGAGGUGUUUGAAGGCGAACAGGAAUCAUCGGUUGACCAGAAGAGAAGCGCCUUUAGGAAAGACUUCCACAACCAACCGCCUCUAAUACCGCAGGUGACUGUCAGCAGUGAGUCUCCAAGUCCUAAAGCAGGGCAUGCAGGCUUCAACAAACACAGCUUUGAAAUGAUCCCAAAUCCUUACCCAUCGCCUACUGCAGUUCACAUGUCACCAGAGCAACGGGCUAAAGUUAAACAUGAGAGCUUUGAAGAUCUGCAGGAUUCAACUUACUUUGGACCAGGCUCAAUGCAAGAGCCAUCUCCCCGGCACCUUCGACCACCCAAGACACAGAGGGCCAUCUGGAGUAAUAAGAGUCACAGUCUGGAGGACCGGCUAGGCAUUGGCAGCAUUGAUCUGGGGAUGGAAUCACAUGCGCCACAACUUCCAAGACGAUCUACCCCUGUUAUAAGUAGUUCCUCAGGAGGUGAGAGUAUAGACAGUGGAUUGCCAAGUGGAAGUGAUAGGCUGAAGGCUCAGGGAACACAAACCGACCCACCGGAUCCCCGGAGACUCCGGAGCCUGGUUCAUGCUGAUCGGCUCUCCUUCAUGACUUCAUUAGAUGACCCUGAAUUUGGUGAGGAUGACAUCAGUGCAAUUUUUCGCUUCUUAGAUGACAUAAGCAUGUGUGGAUCCACAGGAGUCCUGCAUUCCAGCGAUGGCACAACUAACCAGGACACCCCCGAGGCCCGACGUGGCCGCUUAGGCCAACUCCAAAGACUUUUCCAUUCCCUGGAAAGCAGUGAUGAUGGGCUAAAGACCAGCGUCUGCAAGUUGCUGCUUCGCAUGAGUCAGAUAGAAAGACAACUGGAGUCACUGAAUGAUGUGAAGGCUGAGAUUUCUCAGGUACUCUCUGCUUUACAGCGACUGGAUGAAAAGAUCCAGCAGCCUAUUGUUGGUGGUGGUCAAAGCGCUGGCGGUAGAUGGCUUGAGCCUCUCAGUGGUGUCUCCUCUUUUAUGAGCCACCCUAUCACUCCCUCUGACUCAUCAGAGCCUCAGCCGCUGUCUGCAACUGGGCAUCUGUUAUCAGGGACCAGCUCAAGUAGCGUGGACUGGAGCCGAUGGAACAUCACUGGGGAUCAAACAGAAAGCAGCAAAGGUCAAACGGAUUCCAAAGGGCAGAAAGAAGGGAAGAAGGAUGCAUCGUCUCGCCGUGCCUCCAAAACCCAGCUUGAAGAAAAAAAUUCCUCUGAUACCAAACAGCUGAACGUCUCAAACUCUGCAAGAGACUGGUCGGUGUCCUUCUCAAAAAGUAAAGAUGGUAAAGCAUCACAAAGGAAAAUUGGACAGGGAGAUCAGUCAGACAGCACUACCAACCUGCUUUCCCAAAAGCCUACCAGCAUGGUGGAACAAGUGUUUAACUCGUCCCUGUUCCGUCACAAAGAUAGCACCCUAACAAGGGGGCUUGGCUCUGGAAAGGUCAUUGACCCCAGACUGGCCGAAGGAAGAGGGAGAGCCAUAUGGACCGUAGAUGACAGAGAGGCACGAAUCUCCACUUUGGACUUACAAGGUCAGGAGUCUCUGAACCCCAACAACAUGGAGUUCUGGAUGGACGACAUCUACACUCCGGGCUACGAUGCCUUGCUCCGGCGUAAAGAGGCUAACCUCCGGCGGCUCAAGAUAUGCAAGCUGGUUGCUCUCAUUGCCACUGUUGUAACUAUUAUUCUCAUCAUUGUCAUUCCAAUUUGCACUAUGGGUAUAUGAACACCCUCACAGAGAAUCUACGGCCUUGCCCAUCUUCUUUCAUUUUAUUACUUUAUGUGUUUUCAGCAGCCAUGUCAUGUACUUGGAAACGUGCACGGCAUCCCUAUAAAGAUUAUUACGUGAGAGACUUUGACACUUGGACUCUAAAUCUAGACUGGUGAUUUGGAAGGUCUGAGUACUUGUAUUUCUUAGCAUGAUGCACCAUGGUUUAUUAUGACAGAAAAAACAACCUGAAGGUCAUUUCAGAACCCAUUUUUUCACCCAUUAGCUAGGACUUGUUUGAUGAUGUUUAUUAUCAACAUUUUUAGGUGGCUGAAAACAGAACUCAUCAAAUAUGAGAAUAGUUCUGGUUGAACAUAUUGAAGCUAACAACACUGAGCCAGUUGACAAGUGUCAGUUUGUUCCCUUAUUUUUUUCUUUUGAGUCCACCUUAAUUAUGGUGCAUUUGCAUUGUAAUUCAGCACUGAGCACUGCCUGACUUGUUUUUGCUGCUCCUUUGAUAACAAUCCAGGACUUAUAUCACCUUUAUGUAAGAUAAGAGUUUUAUCAGUAGGUGAGAGUUUGGGUGAUUUGUAGUCUUAGAUGGUGUGUACAGGGCCGUUGUUUUCUUUAGGUUGGAAUGUACUUGAAUUUCCUUUAAGCUAUAUUACACACUGUUCAAGCAAGCUGGAAUCAAUAAAAAUAUUAUUUUUAUAGAGUU